CCUUCGUCAGCCAAAUUCUGAGCUUCCACAGUCACCCAUGUCAGCGCCAAACUCUGCAGCGGGCAACAGCAGCACACGAGAGACCUUCCUCUCUGUCGAUCUGGCCAAAGCAGUGCAGCACCUUGCCGACCGUGGCACGACCGACCGCGUACUCUGCGUGUUUGACUUUGACUGGACGAUCGUUGAUACCAAUUCGGACGAGUACGUCAUUGAGCAACUCGCGCCCGAUCUGCACUCUCGCUUUGAAGAGACGCGGCUGUCGACGCCAUUGUUCCGGCAGAGCUGGCUCGCGUACAUGAAUUACCUCAUGGGCCAGUUGCAUGAGCUCGGAUUCUCUGCCGCUGACAUUUCGAGAUCGCUCAAGGCGACUCCGCUCUCUCUGGAAAUGCAAGAGGUGCUGCGAACUCUGACCGCGUCCGGAAAGGUGGACGUCGUUGUGCUGUCCGACGCGAACGAAUUUUUCAUUCGCGAAACAUUGCAGCAUUACAACCUGCUCGAGCACGUCUCGUUGAUCAUCUCCAACCCUUUCCUCCACGACCCGCGCUUUACCAUUCUGCCGUUCAGUCCCACGCGUCACAGUGACCACAUUUGCACCCUUUGCAAUGACAACAUGUGCAAAGGAACUGUGCUUGACUACAUCCUGGACAAGACAGAGUACCAUCGCGUGGUCUACAUUGGAGAUGGUGGAAACGACUUUUGCCCUUCUACCAGAUUGUGCAGCUCGGAUGUUGUCAUGGCGCGAGAUGGUUUCCACCUCGUCCGGUUGCUGCGCAAGUACAUUGCCGCAGAACGGCAGAAAGCAGUGAGCACGCAUGGUGCCCACCUCCAUCGCCGUCGUCGCGCCAAGCACACCAGCCAUCCGGAAGGCCUCCGAGGUCAGCGACUGAACGCCGACAAGUUUGACGUGGACGCCGAGGUUCAAGUCUGGUGCUCGCAUGCCGAUCUUCUCGCCUUGUUCCGCAGUUUGCUGUUGCCCCAGCCAUGAUGCUGCUGACUCUUUUUGAGCGAUUUCGGCACGGGGGACUUUGUUGGUGUAUUUUUGCUGUUUUUGCAUUUGGAGAUGGCCUACUUGCUCGAAGCUGGGGGUGAGGUGGCCUGUUCGUUCCCUUUUUUUUCCACCCUCUCCUGCUUUCCUGAUUUCCGCUGUGCACCCAGUGGUCCAAAUACAACAUAAAACCCAAA